UGCAAAAUCCCUGAGUCUCAAGGCAAAGGGCGAUUUCUUGGGAGCUCCAGCAAUUGAAAACCAUGAAACAUCUAUUAUUGCUUCUACUGUGUGUUUUCUCAGUUAGGUCUCAAGCCACCGAUGACUACGAUGAUGAGGUGCUCCCGGAUGCCCGUGGUCAUCGACCCCUUGACAAGAGGAGGGAAGAGGCUCCUAGCCUGAGACCUGCCCCACCUCCCAUCAGUGGAGGUGGCUAUCGGGCCCGCCCAGCCAAAGCACUUGCCAGCCAAAAGAAAGUGGAAAGAAAAGCCCCCGACGCAGGAGGCUGUCUUCACGCUGACCCAGACCUGGGGGUGCUGUGUCCCACGGGAUGUCAGCUGCAAGAGGCAUUGCUAAGUCAGGAGAAACCCAUCAAAAACAGUGUCGCUGAGCUGAACAACAAUGUGGAGUCUGUGUCCCAGACCUCUUCUUCCAACUACCAGUAUGUGACUCUGUUAAGAGACAUGUGGCAAAAGCGGCAGGAACAACUGAAAAAUAAUGAAAAUGUUAUAAAUGAAUAUACCUCAGAACUAGAAAACCACAGAAUAUACAUAGAUGAGACUGUGAGCACUAACAUUCCAGCUAAUCUUCGUGUGCUCCGCUCAAUCCUGGAAAACCUGAGAAGCAAAAUACAGAAACUAGAAUCUGACGUUGCAGCCCAAAUGGAAUACUGUGGCACGCCGUGCACCGUCAGCUGCAAUAUUCCUGUAGUGUCCGGCAAAGAAUGCGAGGAAAUCAUUAGGAAAGGAGGAGAAACGUCCGAAAUGUACCUCAUUCAGCCAGACAGCUCCACCACACCGUACAGGGUGUACUGCGACAUGACCACGGAGAGCGGAGGGUGGACAGUAAUUCAAAACCGUCAAGACGGUAGUGUUGACUUCGGCAGAAAGUGGGCCCUGUAUAAACAAGGAUUUGGAAAUAUUGCAACCAGCGCCGAAGGGAAGAAGUACUGUGGCCUCCCAGGUGAGUAUUGGCUUGGAAAUGAUAAGAUCAGCCAGCUUACCAGGAUGGGGCCCACCGAGCUUUUAAUUGAAAUGGAAGACUGGAAAGGUGACAAAGUCAAGGCGCAAUAUGGAGGAUUCACAGUGCAGAACGAGGCGAACAAGUACCAAAUCUCACUGAGCAAAUAUCGAGGCACGGCUGGCAAUGCUCUGAUAGAGGGGGCUUCCCAGCUGUCGGGAGAAAACAGGACCAUGACCAUUCACAACGGCAUGUUCUUCAGCACCUACGACAGAGACAACGACGGCUGGGUGAAUGCAGACCCCAAGAAGCAGUGCUCUAAAGAGGAUGGUGGCGGAUGGUGGUAUAACCGGUGCCAUGCAGCCAACCCCAAUGGCAGAUAUUACUGGGGUGGACAGUACAGCUGGGACAUGGCGAAGCACGGCACAGACGAUGGCGUCGUGUGGAUGAACUGGAAGGGGUCUUGGUACUCAAUGAAAAAGAUGUCGAUGAAGAUCAGACCCUUCUUUCCACAGCAAUAGUUUUCCAAGUGUAGAUUUUUGUUCUUCUGUAUGUGACAACUUUUUUUUACAUUAUGUUAAGAGAAUUAUCUUUCAUACAAUAUAUCCCUCUAAAACUCCCAAACUACUUUAAGUUUGACUUUCUGGGGAAAAGGGGGGUAGGAUAAAUGACAUUAAAAAUGGCACACAAUUUGCUUUUGUAUUCUUCAUUUAUCUUACUUACCAAGAGGUCACUAAAGGCUGGAGAUUUAGCUCAGUGGCAUCAAUACCUGCGUGGCAAGACAAAGUCCCAAGUACAAUCCCCAGUAGAAAAGAAGCCACUGAAAGGACAAUGGUAGCUGAAGUUAGCUGAUUCCAGCUGACUGCAAGAAUUUCACAUUAGAACAGGGAUAAUAUAUCCUUGUAGAAAAAUGUUGAGGCAAACUGAAAUCUUUUGUUUAAAAGUAUACUUUCAAACCCUAUUUAUUUAUGUAAGAUCUGUCAUAGAAAACUUUCAAGCAGAUGUAUGAAUUGAUUAAAGUGUUCUCUGUUGGACUGAA